CAACCUUAGAAGCACAGAAGAUAAUCAUAAACCUCUACAAAAUCGAGCAUAUGUUCCCCCAACUCAAUAUCCAUAAUUUCAAAACAAUCUCGCAGUUCCUGCAUCACUGCUCUCAAACAAAGAAUCUCAAACCAAUCCAACAAUUCUACGCGCAUGUAAUCAGAACAAAGCUGUUCUUCGUUUCCCCCAAUCUCCAAUCCGACCUAGCUCUAGCUUACACCUCAUGCAUCGCCAACAACAACCACACAAUCCUCACCCACUUCUUGAAAUCCCUCAAUCUCAGAAACCCCCUGCCGUUUAAUUCGAUCAUAUCUCACUUCUCUCAACACGGCUCCGACUGUUUUGCCCUGCGCACGUUUCUCUUCAUGCAUCGCAACAGCGUUUAUCUCGAUUCAUACGCUCUAUGCACCUCGUUGAAGUCAGCUUCCUGUUUGAAAAAUGUCGUCUUUGGUAAAUCGACGCAUGGUUAUGUGGAGAAAUCGGGGUGGCUUGCUAGUGUGUUUGUGGGAAGUGCGUUGGUGGAUUUUUACUCUAAAAUGUGUAGCCUGGGUGAUGCGGCGAAGGUGUUCGACGAAAUUCCUGAGAAGAAUACUGUGUGCGCAAAUGCGCUUUUGUCGGGCUAUGCGGAGGCUAAGAUGUGGGCAGAAGGGAUUGAUCUGGUGAGGAGGAUGCCUCUCUUGAGUUUAGAAGCGGAUCAGUUCACUUUGUCGGCUGCUCUACGAGCUUGUAGCGGCUUGUGUGCUGUGGAAUUCGGAAAGGAGGUUCAUGCGGGUGUUGUGCGUCGCGUUUUUGACGUUGGAGCUGAUGUGUUUCUGCAGAGUUUGUUGAUUGAAAUGUAUGGAAGGUGUGGCCAAGUGGAUAACGCAAAGAGAGUAUUUAGUAUGGCGGGGUACGAUGUACGGAUGAGGCGAAGAGAUGUUGUUUUAUGGACUUCUAUGUUGGGAGUGUAUGGAAGGACUGGAAAUUAUGCUGAAGUAAUUAGGCUGUUUAAGGAUAUGCUAAUGGAAGGGAUACGACCAGAUGGAGUGGCAUUCUUGACAGUUAUCUCUGCUUGCAGCCACACCGGGCAAGUGGAUCUUGGCGUGGAGUAUUUCGAGUCCAUGACUCGUGACUAUGGGUUGAGUGCGAGCCGAGAGCAUUAUAGUUGUCUUGUUGACUUGCUUUGUCGGGCAGGGGAGUUGGAGAGGGCUUGGGGAAUAGUUAGUGAGCUGCCACAUGUGGCGGAUUGCGCUAUAUCCAUGUGGGGCGCACUUCUUAGUGCGUGUAACGAGUGUGGAAAUAUCGGCUUGGGGAAGUUGGCUGCUCAGAAAGCUCUUGAAGUUGAGCCUAAUAAUGUUGGAAUUUACGUUCUGCUGUCUAACAUGUAUGCUAGGAAUGGUAUGUGGGAUGAGAUUGAACUGUUGAGAGAGGUUAUGAAGAGAAGAGGUUUGAAGAAGGAUUUUGCUUGGAGUUCGAUAGAUAGAUAAUGUUCUGUACUAUUUAAAUCAUACGAAGUCCAAAGUUGAUGGCGUUUCUGAUUUACAGAGCUGGUUGCAAGUUGAGAUUGAGGGAGAAUAGAUUGAAAUGAACAGAUAUAACAAGAUCGGAAGAGUACGGAUCCUUGCAUAUUGAAAAAGGAAAAAGACCUUAUUCCCCUUAAAGGUAUUCUACAUUCCAAGUUACGUCUUUAUGGGAUCAUAUCUACUUCAAAGAGUAUGAUUUGGUGAAUCCUUGUUUGAAGCUUGCACACGAGUUCCAUUUUGUCUGUUUGUAUUGUAUUACAUAGCACAGGAAAGCGGUAUUAUUUUUGAGCAAGAUAAUGAAUUCUUUUCUCGUGUACUGAAACCACUCUGAUGAAGAAAGUUGGAGUGUUGAAUCCCAUACUUUCUAAAUAACACCGCUUGCAUAGUUUUACUGAAUGGUGGCUGUGUACUAUAGUGGUUCUCGUGUUUGCUUUCUAGUUAGUCAGGAAUCGGGAUAUUCCAAUCUUUGUUGUUUGGGGGUGGGGGGGUUUAAUUUCUCAAACUUUGUCUUUAUGAAGUGACUCAAAACUAUCAUGACUUAGAGAUGUAUCAUGUAUAUACUAGUAUAUAGUAAGAGUGAAUGCAGCAUCGUAAUUUCUUGCGCUUGCAAGAUGUUCUCCUUUAUAACUCGUUCACAUAAUAGCCAAUGGUGGAGUCAUAACAGCAUCGACACUAUGUUUAUGUUAAUUUGAAUUUGGUACUAGUUGACAUACAGCCUUUGUGUUCACUCCCUCAGUCGAAAUAGAGAUGGUAGUAAUAGGCCAUGCUUAGUUUUCAAAUGUUCUACAGUUACGACCAUUUGAAUUUUUGUAUAGUAGUUGUCCUCUUAUCAACCCAAUCAUAAUCGUAUAAUUUAUGUUCUCUUUGAGCCUCCGAGCAUUCUUUGCCUGGGGGGAAUUCGUUAAAUACCAUUGUCUUCCAUCUUGGUGAAUGCAGUUUUUGGAAUUUUUGCCUUGGCUGUUUGUUUGCUGUGUGACUAUGUGAUGCUUUCAUCAUAGCAUAUUCUGUAGCAGUUGAAGAAUCAUAUGCUUUUUGACAGUUGAUAGUAAUUUCUAAUGAAGAUAUUUAUGUUUCCACUGUUUAUAUAUAAUAUGUACUCGUGUAAACUUGAAUGCCAGCUGAAUUUGGUCAAUCAAUAGCAUCUUUAAUUGAAUGCAGCAUCUGACAUGUAGCAAUUUGUCUUCACAAUCUAUAUAUCUCUUGCAUAUCAAACUGUUUUCUCUCCCUAUAUUUAUGAUUGAACUACUUUUAAACUUCUUCAAUUGGCCUAAUCUUCGAUUAUUGAGUUGUGAAAGCACCAAUGCAUUUAUGCAAAAGAACAAGAGUCGUAUUAGUUUACUAGCAUGCGUAACAAACUCAUGCACCACGAAUUGUGUUCCGCCUUUGCAUCAUAUAUCAUCACUAUAUUCAAGACUUAUAUGUUUGUUCUAUGUUAUAAAAAUGGUUGUAAAAACAUUAAACAUUUGAUAUUUGUUUGAGUUCGUGUUUGGAUUGUGUUCUUGCUUGUUGCAUUGAGGACUUUUUGUUCCCCACACUUAAGCCCGUCUAUACUAAAACACCCGAUUCUUGGCAUGACCAAUUGUUUUUAUUGUUGAAUCGGAGUAACAUGCACGUCAAUCCAUCGGAGUUGUGAUCCAAAUAGUGAUGUUUGAUACAUGCUGGCACAUGCUCAAGUUUCUUAACUGAUCGUUCCUGCUGUCAGCAUACUACUCGGUUUCAGUCCAUCACAUACCAGGUCUUAUGUCCUGCAACUUGCUGAGCUGUUUCCCGGCCCCUCCUAAAGCGACCCUUUUUCAGCUCUACGUUGCCAAGUCCGAUACGUAUAUCUAUGAUGUCACUCCAAUUCCUGACUCAUUCGCGGACGUACCCAAUCAAGGCUCAUGGCUUCCUGAAAGUGCCGAAAUGAAAUGCAUCACUAAAGUCGGGACGGAGGGAGUAUAAGUUAAAUAGUUGGUGAAGAGCAUAAGACAUCAUUGUUUUGAAUUUUGAUCAUUUUCAAAUGGGCGGGAGGUCAAGACUCAUAACACAAGACUGAUCCAGAGAUUAAGUACUGAGCCGAGUCCAUGAAAUCUAACAAAGUAACGCGCUCGCUCGUCCAUGGUUAAAAUGGUUGUGAAGAUGAUAGUGCAUAGGGUGUCGCUGUCGAAUGUUCGUACUGGCGAAAGGGAGGGGCGAGUACGUAAAACAAAAGGAGAAGACAACAAUGAUGCAGCAACAGAAGGUCAUACCCCUAAAUCUUGCUAUCUUUAUUGUGGAUCUUUUCUCACAGCCUUGGAACAUGCAGAUACACCUCUCUCUCUCUCUCUCAUAAUUAUAUAGUACUAUUCCAUUUAGCUAGGGCAAUGAAGAAGAUGGAGGGGGGCGAGUGCGAGUGGUGGAGGUUUGAAGUGGGCUUUCUUUCCUGUUGGCUUCAGAUUUUCAGUUGAGGACCACAUGGGAAGAUGGGACUGCCCCAUUUCUGUCCCAAUAUCCUACUUUGCAUUUCCUCAGUUAUUUUAUUUUCGUCGCGAAAUUUACAGUCGCUACUUAACGUUGCAUCCAAUGUAUUGACUACGCUACGAGGACGCGAGUUAAAAUUAUGAUGGUCCAACCAUUUUGUCCCAACAUCCUACUUUGCAUUUCCUUCGUGUAUAUUGACAGGCUAACUCUUGUAGUACUUAUCUUCACAUGACUUGCUUUUUUGUAAAGGAUGAUCAAUAAUAGUUCUCAUUUAUCA